ACUACAUUAACAUUAGCUGCCCCGCCCAUGCUGCUGACAUUUGGGCGACGUCCAUUUCAAACCUUUAUAAACAGUUUGCCUUUAGAUGCUAACCCCCUUUUCCUGAUGACGACCGCUUGUGUUGCGAUCGAAAUGUCAUCGUUUUUUUUUAUUUUCUUUGAACCUAUCUACGUCACUUUACCAAAAGACCCAAAUACAGUAAAACCUUGGAUUGCGAGUAUAAUUCAUUCCGGAAAUGUGUUCGUAAUCCAAAGCACUCGUAUAUCAAAGCGAAUUUCCCCAUAAGAAAUAAUGGAAACUCAGAUGAUUUGUUCCUCAACCCAAAAAUACUGUAUUCAUAUAAAAAUUAUUAAUACAAAAUGCCUUUUUAUAGUUUUAUUAUUUAAAUUUAAUAUAAAGAAAUCAAGUUUAUUAAUUUAAUUUAAUCGUGGCUGGUGUGAGGGAGACGAGAGAGGAGAGGAGGGUUUCGAUUUAAAGCUUUCGUGACUGCAGGGAUUCAUCUUCUUGGUUCUUUCGGUAAAGUCACGUUAAUCCUGCAUAAUGCACAUGCAUAUGCAGUACUAAUCACAUUCCUGCAUUUCCCAUAAAUAUGCUAAAUUUCUUUUGAUAUACAAAUUCCUUUGUCAAUGCGCCCAGCUUAUAUAUAUGCUCCAAGCUCGUGUGCUGUUUCAUUCAGACUCUGUCGCCUCGACGGACCUGGUUUUCACCUGAGGACGGCUGCUUGCGUUGUGGCCGAAACGUCGUGAGAAUUGUUUUAUUAUGUUUUAUUUUUAUUAUUUUAUUACUUCCCUUCUACGUGACUUUACCGAAAGAACCAAGAAGAUGAGAGGAGGGUUAUUGUGUAGGAAAACUUUCACUUGCAGUACAGUUACUAAAGAACAGUCACUAUACUUGGACACAAAAUAAAAAAAAAAUUUACGCACACACUCGUGGUCACAACACUAUAGUAAACAGUAUACGCUCGCAUGGAUGUUGACUAUACGGGUGAGGCACGCCGACUGAGACCGAGCAUGGGAGACGAUUACCCACAAUCCCACAGCGAGAGAGAGAGAGAGAAGAACCAUCGGCUCAGUUGUGAUCACGUGACGCUCGGCAGACAAAGCGUAUACUGAGCAGCAGCAGGAAUCCCCCAUACUGCCGUGUCUUCCUUGGGACGGACGACGACGAGGUGGUAGAGGAGGUGGUGGUGGUGGAGCCCCCUUUUCCGCCCAUGGAGUCAUUCAUUAAACGAGAAGAAGACGACGGAGAGGCUGGCAGUAGGAUCUGGCUGGCAGUGAAAGUGGAGACGCAGGGGGAGGAGAGCGGCGGCGACGACGACGACCACGGGGCGGACGUGCGUGCCGGAGAGGAGGAUGGUCGAGAACUUCAGGUCAAACGAGAGGCGCGGGAGGUUGAACGAAGGGACCUGCACAUUGUGGAGGUCGACCCUCAAGAUCCGCUGGUUGGCGACGGUUCAUCUGUGAGACCUGGAGAGUCGCGGGGGGAUUGUUUGGGAUCGUCAGGCGUGGCGGAGAUCGAAGUGGAGGUGGGCGACGACGACGAUGGUGACGGGAUGGUCGUGGACGGUGCCCCGGAAACGCUCUCCCAUGUGAAAAAAUCCACCGGGACGACCGCCACAGCGACAACGACGACCCGCGCCGGAGAGAGAUCACACGGCUGCUCGGUGUGCGGCAAGAGCUUUGUCCGCCCGUCGGACCUCAGGAACCACGCGAUGAGCCACACGGGAGAGAAGCCGCACAAGUGCUGCGUGUGCCAGAGGGCAUUUGUCGCCGUGUCCAACCUCAAGAACCACAUGAGGGUCCACAGGGGAGGGAAGCCGCACUCGUGCUCCGUGUGCGGCAAGGAAUUCAGCCGCCCCUCGGCCCUGGCGACGCACGCCGCGAUUCAUGCCGUGCAGAAACCGAACGUGUGCCCCGUGUGCGGGAAGGGCUUCAGUCGCCCGUUCACCCUCAAGUGCCACUUGGCGGUCCACUCGGCCGACUGCCCGCACGAGUGCCUGGUAUGCGGGAAGGGGUUUGGCAAGGAGACGCAGCUGAGGAACCACGAGAUGAUCCACACGGGCAAGUGGCCCCACGUGUGCACCGUGUGCGGGAAGGGCUUCGGGCGCCCGUUCGCGCUGAAGGCCCAUGCGAUGAUCCACACGGGCGAGAGGCCCCACGUGUGCACCGUGUGCGGGAAGGGCUUUGGCCGCCUGUCCACCCUUCAGAACCAUGCGGCCUCGCACACCGGUGAGAGGGCGCACCGAUGCCUGGUGUGCGGCAAGGGCUUCAGUCGCCCGUCGGCCAUCAGGGGCCACAUGGCGCUGCACACAGGUGAGAGCCCGCACCGGUGCCCCGUGUGCGGCAAGGGGUUCACCGAGUCGACGCAGCUCAAGAGGCACGUGAAGAGCCACACGGGAGAGUGGAGCCACCGCUGCUCCGUGUGCCAGAGAGGGUUCUUCCGCCCAUCGGAACUGAAAACUCACAUGAUGAACCACACGGGGGAGAGGCCGCACGAGUGCUCGGCGUGCGGGAAGGCCUUCAAGCAGUACGCAGCCCUGAGGACCCACAUGAUGAGCCACACGGGAGAGAGGCCGCACAAGUGCUCGGUGUGCGAGAAGGACUUCGUGCAUCACGCAGGCCUCAAGACCCACAUGCUGACGCACACGGGAGAGAGGCCGCACAAGUGCUCGGCGUGUGGCAAGGACUUCGUCUACACCGCAUCCCUGAAGAGCCACAUGAAGACGCACACGGGAGAGAAGCCGUACAAGUGCCCCGUGUGCGAGAGGGACUUCCGGCACUCCACGACCCUGAAGAAUCACGUGAAGACACACGUGGGAGAAGGAACUUGCGCGAUCGGUGAGCAGGAGUAGUUUUGAUUUGUCAAGCCCUUUGUGAGAGGUGCACAUGGUACACGGCAAGUUGUAUACAAUUGGUGUCAGAGGCUGUGCGUGCUCCAUGCUGUGGGAUAGUCAGGGCUCAUAGUACCGAUCAUAUCACAGAAUCCGAACAUUUAUUUAAACGGCAGGAGGAAUCCGAUGAGCUAUAAAGCUCUCUUUCACAGAUGUCCAGUAGGGGCACGAGGGCAUAACGUUAUAACAACAAUACACAGUACACACAAACACGAUAUGAGUACAAAGUACAAGACAGGUAAACAAAUCACCCAAACACAUACAAAUAAAACGAAACCAUCCCGAUCCUACCAGGCAAAGCCCACUGGUAUUUACUAAUUUUUCAGAAGCGACCUGGAGAACACAAAUGAUAUCUAAACAAAGUGACGUCAUCUGCAAAAAGCAACGACGCCGCCUCCAUGCCCCUGUACUGGAAACUCUCCCUACCUCGGCUGCACCUUGAUAUCCUCCCCAUGAAAAUCACAAACCGGGGUGGAGACAAGAUGCACCCUUGGCGUAACUUUGCCUCGGUUAUUCAUGAGCCUGUGAAUCCAAUGGAGGUGAGAACUCAAUUGUUCCCAAGAAGCCACCUUCCUCUUUCCCCCACUGGAAAUACAUCAAAAUUGAUGCUCUUGAUUUUGGUAAACUUCAUGACCUGCUCUCGAAAAGGACAACAAUAUGCAACUUUGUCAGAUGCGGCUUCAGCCAAGGAGCUACAGGAGAGCUCGAACUGGACGGUCACGUCAAUGACGAGUGUGUGGUCACCUCUGGCAACAAUCAGAUAAAGUUUCCCGUAGAUCACGUUUAUCAAUUCUCAAAUAGGGCUCCUUGUAGAUCGACCAACCCAUUUCCACCGCUUCUACUGCCAAGGUGUCACAUUUUAUUGCGGAGUGCAUUCCUGGCUUUCUGGACCGCUGGACACUGUCCAAGUAUGUGUGAAAGGGAUUCAAGUCGGGGCGAGCAUUUCCUACAGGACCGCAGGGCUCCUUCCCUGCCUCUCUUCAGGCUCUCCCUUAUUGGGUAUAUAUUACUCCGCAGUUGUUAUGCAGCGAUGUUGUGGCACUCUGAAGUGACGCAUUGCUGACUUUACCCUCUGCAAAGUUCACAAUACCUAUACCUUCAACUGGUCUUUCACACCAUCUUCAAAACUUCACGCUGCCUCUAGUCGCAUGGUAUCGACCAAAUGGGUUUUUUUGGUGCCUUGAAAUUCCACCCCUCUCAGCUCAUAUUGGGAUAUGGAAUUUGUCUCUUUUCCUGGCCCAUACCCACACCUUGAGUGGACACUAUAUUGCGGGUGACCUUGUCCGAGGAUUUUUUUACACCGUGCAGCCUCAAAUGAACCGAUGGGAUCAUACUCUCUAGUGUAAUAAUGCCUAGACCUCCGUCUCAGGUCCGAGAGUCCAAACCCCAUCACAGGUGGAGGCAGAAAGGUGUAACAGUUGGUUUACCCCAUUUAUAUUCUCCUGAUCUAGCGUGAGGAGAGUAGACGAUUUAUAAUAUCAAUGAUCGUUCUGCUGGGUAGAUGAAUCUGGGGGGUACAGGCAUACCCCGUUUAGCACGGGAGAUGCUUGCCUGGAAAGCGCUUGGUGAAUGGGCGCUAUAUACGGGGUCAUAACAUAGGCCCUAUGGAGAUGUGUUUCCGACAUCGUAAUUUAUCACCUACAACCAACACACUUGAUUUGAGGCUUUCGUGACUGCAGGAAUCCAUACUCUUUGGUUCUUUCGGUAAAGUCACGUAGAAAGAACCAAAGAGUAUGACCAACACAUUAGGGGUUCAUUGGGUUAUUGGAACAAUAUUACGGAUGAUAAACAUGACUUAUAAAUACUGUUAAUGGUACAAAAUUUUUAAAUAACCACCAGUGCAUGGUGCGACCCCGAUAUGGUGAACUUGGCAGCGCUGGGAGACGAGAUGGGAGUUGCAGCAUCCGCCCAGUUGCGCAGUCCAAUCUGUGACUUGGCUUCCACGGCCCCCACCCCACCCCGGUUUUAGAGGAAAGCGCUCAUUGGCGGAGAGCGAACACCGCGCUAACUCGACUAUGAUAGCACUCGCUCAUUGGCUGAGGGUGGAGAGCGUGAAAGGGCACUAAUACUGAACAGGAUUUGGACGAGAGCCUACACCGCGCUAACUCAAGCACGGCUUUUUAUCUUUAUUUAAAUUUACUGAACGUUAAGUAUGUAAUGUUUUUUUGUAAUAAACACUGUAUAUAUUUCGUUAAAAUAAAAAUUUGCCCGAGAACAAAUAGCUCUAUAACGAAUCAGUGCUGUACGCAGUAGCGCUAAACGGGGUGUGCCUGUACAUACACGUUAAGAAGCUCCACUUUCUGGGCGGGUUUAAGUGGAGCUUAAUCAAUCUUGGACAUCCAGUCCUUCAAUUGCACUGUCAUACCUGGAUUUUAAAAUACAUGUCCAUGGACUGAUGUUUACACCCAGGUAUUUAAUAGCCUCAUCAAGUGGAGUGUUGCAUCACAGACACUCCAUGGCCUACAAUUGGUAACUGUGUAUGAAUCUUUCGUUGGAGUAAGCAUAAAGCCAUGGAAUUUCUUGGCUUGAACAACUAGCCCAGGUAAUUUGCAUAAGGAUUCCAGGAUGCCGAUAUUUGUGGCCAUUUCCUCACAAUUUACUCACUCGCAUCAGAUCAUCGGCAAACAGGAGUGAAGUAACUGUUAGAUUUGAUUGAAUAUCCAACUCCGUAUAUUUCUAGGGCAGAUACCAGCGGGUCCAUAGUCGGGUUAAAUAUCAGGGGUGACAUGGCGUCGCCCUGCUUCACACCAGCUUUGUUGUUGAUGUCUGGUGUCCAGACCCCUUUGAUCUCAAAUGAUGUGGCAUUCUCAUCGGCGUUUUGAAUGAUGCCAACCAUGUGCUCAUUGACUUUCAUGUACCUCAGAACCCACAAGAUGUGGGCAUGGGACACGGAAUCAAACGCCUUUGCUACGUCAACAAACUCCACUUCAAGCGACUUGCGCGUUAUCUUUACAUGCUUCAUAAGGCCUUGCAACACCUUAACAUUUUCCGAGCAGCCUGGUGCAGCUAGGAAUCCACGUUGUCGAGCAUUCAGAGGACAGGCAUGUUCCAGCCUCGCUGUCAGAAUCCUGGAGAACAACCUCAGGAUCAUACACACAAAAUCGUUAUUGGUCUCCAAUUACCGAGGUAUACCGAAGUACUUAAGUUCUUCCUCAUUCGUGACCUUGGGAAUUGGGAUCGAUCUGUUCCUCUUUGCAUUUUGGGGGAUGACACCAGUGAUCAGCCAGGCAUUAAAUAGGGCAGCCAAUGCUCACCCUUCAGGAUCCACUUUAAUUAUUGAUUACUUAAGAAUGCUAUCUGGAUCUGCUGUGGAAGACUAUGUAAUAGCACCCAUGCACGGCCAGCAAUUCUUCCUUUGAGAUUAGGGAUUCAAAGGGCAAAUUUUUCGCUGACCUUGAUGACUUAAAGUGACCCAGCCCUGGGAAUGGAACAAUAGUUUCCCACUUAUUACAAUGACUCGUAAAUGUCACUAAGUGGUACUUUGCAACUCUGAUGUUCCGUGCCAACAAGGACCAAGGAGGCGAGCUGAGAGCAGUUCUUUGAAAAUAAGCUUUGGUAUUUCAUGUACCUAUCUCUCUUCUCAACCAUAUUCUUCAUUCUAGACUCUGCAUCGGUGGGGUCCUGGAAUGUGGCGUUUUUGGUUUCCUCAACCUCAUCGCUCGUAGUACUGCUGCUGUGGCCGAGUUAACGAAGUCAUCAUACUGCCCGAUCACAUUCGAUGCUGGCUUUUCUUGGUGCCCAAUCCUACUGGCACACAGCUGCUUCACUGAGCUUAGCCCCUAUCGUCUCACUCGGUGGGGCCGACAUUGUUCGAAGCUGGCUUCAAAGGAACCUUUUUCCGCUUAUUCAGGUUUCGUCUCUUAUCCGAGAUUUGCCGGCUAGUUUUAGUCACCAGUACCUCAGCAAAUAAUAUUUUUGAUUUUUAUUUUCCCUUGACAAUGUAUGUCGAGUCGAGCUAUGUUUGCUCUUUUUCAGAAGCGACCUGGCCACAAAUAAUAGCUCAACGAAGUAGCUUCUGAGGAAAUUUAUAGCAGCUAAAUUAUCUUAAACGCGCAUUUCUAAAUGUGGAGGGGGAAACCGGAGGACCCGGAGAAAAAUCCAUGUGAUCACGGGGAGAUCAUGCAAACUUCAAAUAUACAGCAGGCGUUAAGGGUCAGAAUCGAACCCACGACCUCCUGUACACUAGGCGAGAUAGUUAACAUCUAGCCACCAUUCCACCACGUUACAGGAGAACAGACUUUCGAUUAGACGGGGGGAAAUUAUUCCCAACACAGGACACCGGGUGCACCCAGAGAAAAUCCAAACACACCAGUGGCCUAACACUCAACUGCCCCACGCGGAUGAGUUCAACGCAUGUGUUCUUGUUGUAGUCCCACCGCCGAUCCGCCUUGUGGCCCAACGGGUUCCGGGUUCGGGUAGUCAUCAGUGCCGGAUUAAGCUAGUGCGGGGCCUGUAGUAUCUUUAUCUUCCUACUAGCCAGUGGCGGCUCGUCAAUAGAGGGCGCAGGGGCGCCGCCCCCAUCAAUAUUCAAGAAAUAUAUAUAUACAAAAUUUAUAUAAAAAUACAUAAAUAAAAUAUUUUUUUCAUACGAUGUGCCGGCUGGUAGUAAGAAAAGCAUCAGCAUUUAAUAAAAACUGGCUUUAAUCGGUCAACUAUUUUCUAUGUUUUUCAAUGUGUUUCAUGCGGGGCGCCGGACAAAUGGAUGUCUAUGUGAGACUUUACAUUUUCGGACAGCAUGUGACCUGAAGCUGGUCUCUAAUUGGUUUCUUAAAGAUUCUCCUCGGGGCGCAAGUCGUUGCGUCCCUGGCCAAUCAGAAUUGGAUACAUGUUAUUUUAUCCAAUCUGAUUGG